UCUCUCUCUCUCUCGCAUAACAUUAAUCACGGAAAGAGGUAGGGCUCCGACGGGAGAGAGACUGGAAGAAACUUAAGGAGAAGAAGAAGAAGAAGAAGAAUCAGGAAGAGGAGAAGAGCUCAGACAGGAAAGAGAUUUGUAGUAACUUGAAAAAGAGGAGCAGGAGGAGGAGGAGAAGAAGAAAUCUGGAUGAUCAAAUGGAGCUGUUUUCAGCACAUCUAGACUUAUCACUUCAGAUCAGCCCCCCAAACACCACACCAUCAGGCUGGAGAAAGCCAGAUGAGAAGAUGGAAUUAGGGUUCUGGAGGAGAACCUUGGACUCCACCACCACAACCAACAACAACGUCACCGCAUCCGCAGCCAGCUCUGCCGCCGCCUUCAAGCUCUCGUCGGUGAACCCGGGUGUCACGGACUCCACGACCACAAGCGAUGACAUCUUACACCACCCCCAACACCGCCACCACCUCCCCCUACUUCCCGAGGGGUACCACCAAGAUCACAUCUCGCUGAAGCCCAUACGAGGCAUCCCAAUCUACCAACACCCACCUUCCUUUCCUCUACUCUCCCCUCACCAGCUGCAGCCCAGCCAAGACUUGCCGAGACCAAGGUAUUUGCCGACGAGGUUCGCCGCCAGAAGGACGACGAGAGCGCCGAGGAUGCGGUGGACUACCACACUCCAUGCCCGCUUCGUCCAUGCCGUAGAGCUGUUGGGAGGCCAUGAGAGGGCUACGCCCAAGUCUGUUCUAGAGCUCAUGGAUGUCAAAGAUCUUACCUUGGCGCAUGUCAAAUCUCACUUGCAGAUGUAUCGGACUGUGAAGAACACCGAUAGACCGGCAGCUUCAUCAGGCCAAUCAGAUGGGUUUGCAAAUGGUUCUGCCGAGGAGAAUUCCGAAGAAAACCUGGUAGGCGUUCACAAUCACCAUGGAUCAGAAUCAUCAGCCGCGCAUCAUGGAGCCAAUCAUGGUGCUCUAUGGAGCAGCAAUUCCUCAAGGGAAAGCUUGUAUAAUAAUCGCAAACUAAGUGAUUCCACUACAGCUUGCAUGCGGUCCUGGAAGCAGGAGACGCAACCGAUAAGCUCUGAAAUGUUUACGGAAAUUAACUCAUCAUGCCCAAAUGAUCCAAAUCUCGAGAUCUCAUUGGGCAGAUAUCAUUGACACCACCCACUUCUUUCGUAAGAUGACUUUGUUCAGCUACAGCAAGUAUCAGUUAAAGAGAAAGAAAAAGGUAAAGGAGACAAUUGAUUAGAGGGCAAGACAAAAUAAUGUGUGUAUGAAUUCAUAUAUCUGUAAGCAAAAAAACUAAGAUGGUGUUCCAUAAAUAUA